AUGCUCUCUGGUUGGUCCAAUGCAGGUCUUGUACCAACUGCCGAAAUAAAAUCCACCCACGUCCAAUUGCUGCUUCUCCUUCUCCUCCAGAAUGUCAUUCUCAUCUGCUCCUAUGUUGCUUUUCCUUUGUGUCCCAUGCUAAAGCCUACCUUUUCGUUCCUCCUUCGCAGGUCUGACGAUGGCGCGCUAUACGUGUCCGUCGCGAUCGGUUGGAUUGCCCUGAUCUGGUAUGCAUUCAUACUGGGAGUUUGCGGCCUGGGAUAUUUUCAGAUAUGGAAAUAUUUCCUCAGCAAGCCACAUCGGUCACGGCUAACGAAAGCCUCCGUCUCCGACGUACCGCACGUCACCGCCAUCCGGCCUGUCAAGGGCCUCGAGCCGCACCUCUAUGACUGCCUCGCUGCCACCUUUCGACAGGACUACCCACGCGACAAGCUCAGCAUUCGGCUCUGUGUAGCGACGCGCGCUGAUCCGGCCUACUCUACCCUCUGCAAACUAGUCACCGACUUCCCCCAUGUCGACGCGCGCAUUUUCGUCGAAGAGGAAGAUCCGCUCUUGCAGCAGGAUGGCAACAAUACGUACACACUCGGACCGAAUCCCAAGAUCCGGAAUAUGAGCCGCGCAUACCGUGAAGCCAAAGGAGAUAUUGUCUGGAUCAUUGACUGCAAUGUCUGGGUCGGAAAGGGAGUCUGUGCCCGGAUGGUAGACAGGUUGUGCGGGACUGGACCCUCAUCGAGCAAGAAAUACAAGUUCGUGCACCAUCUGCCUGUGGCAGUGGAUGUGACCGGAGAUAGCAACCUUCGUGAAGAGCGGCAGGCGCUCCUAGAUGCCAACCCAGAAGGCACGGGUGCUAAUGCAGCGGCCGCAGCGAUGCCGUCCGUCCGUCCGGAGGAUGGGCCUGCAGCCAUGAUCGCGACUGGAGGCGGUCGCCUGGAAGAGCUGUUCCUGUCCUCCGCGCACGCGAAGAUGUACACCGCGAUCAACACGGUCCUCGUUGCACCGUGCAUCGUGGGAAAAUCCAACAUGUUCCGCCGCUCCCAUCUGGACUAUCUCACCCGUCCGUCGGCCUCCGAUCCGCAGGCUCGCAGUCCCGGCAUCGAUUUCUUCUCCGACAACAUCUGUGAGGACCAUCUGAUUGGUGAUCUGCUGUGGAAGAAGCAGGUGCGCGAAGAGAAAGAGCUCCGCGAGCGUUGGGGCAAGCACGCCAUGGUCUUUGGCGACAUGGCUAUUCAACCUGUCGCCAACAUGAGCGUGCCGGCGUACAUUGCCCGUCGUAUCCGAUGGCUACGGGUCCGCAAAUUUACCGUUCUACUCGCUACGCUUGUCGAACCAGGCACCGAGUCAUUCCUAUGUACAAUCUACGGUGCCUGGGGCAUUACCACUGCCCUGGCGCCGUAUCUCGAGCGGAAUGGCAUGCAAUUUGCCUCCCGUCUUGGAACGUGGGGUGCAUUCUUUGGCUUGUUCGCACUUGGCAUGGUCUUCUGGAUCCUGGUCGAUUGGACACUGUAUAUCAAGCUGCAUUCCGGAAAAUGCGUCGAAUUGGACGAGGAUACCCCGGCUUUUGCUCGGCCCCAACGCUACCGAUCAUCCCAAGCUACCCGUCGCCCGUUCAUUCAGUGGUUUGCCGCCUGGCUUGGCCGCGAACUGCUGGCCCUGCCCAUCUGGAUCAUGGCGGUGUAUGGCGGUGUGACUGUCGUCUGGCGGGACCGGCGCUUUAAGGUCGGCUUCGAUGCGAAAGUUCGGGAGAUCGGCCCUUCUACUCCACCACCUGUGGAGGUUUCGUCUUCUACCGGAGCGGUAGCAGGCAAGGUCCGCAGUGAUUGA